AUGGCUGCGGCUGCAGUGGUGCCACGCUUCCGGCUGACCUUCAAGCAGCCUCUUCAAAGCGGGAAGUUGGCCAAAUCAAAAGAAGCAAAGCGUUCCAGACCGUGCUGCAAAAGGAAGGCAACGUCACGAAGAGUUGCUGUUUCUGAGGGGACAGUGCCCAAAGCUCGCAAUGCUUUUGCACUUUUUAUGAAACAGCACAACACUGCGAAGAAAGGCGCCAGCAAACAAGAAUUCCAACAUGAAAUGCAACGCAUUGCCAAAGCUUGGGCAAAAUUGACACAGUCUGAGAAGAACACCUACAAGGAAAAAAGCAGAUCGGAGUUCACUGCACAAAGAGACGCCAUGAAAAGGCAUGGCUUGCCCACGCGCCGCAUGCAGAAUGAAACCGUGCCAAAGCAGCAGUCACAGCUGUCUCAGCUGUCUCAGCUAUCCACACAACCUGUGGAAGACCAGGACCAGGCGCUCCUCAGAUUUGGGAAGAUCACGGUGAUGCAAGGUGAGCUUCCUGUUGGUGAAGGCUCUUACGGGACUGUGCUGAAAGGCCUCAUGCCCUAUGGCCGCUUCUGCGCUCUGAAGAUCUUCAAGGGCAGCAAAGCUAUGAUCUCCUUGAAGCAAGAGGUUCUGAUUUUCAAUCAAAUCAAAGACAAGCUUCAAGAAGGAAUGCGGCAACUCUUUCCUUCCUUGUUGGAAGUCGAAUGCAAACCGCAGCCGUUCCCCUACUUGGCUUUGGAGUUUGCUGGGUCAAGCGUGUCCCAAGUGCUCAUCCAAAAUGGUGCUUUCACUGGAAGUGCAAUGCAGCGCCUAGCCAUGCAGCUUAGAGCUGCCCUGCAAGCUUUGCACAGCAUCCGCAUACUUCAUUUGGAUCUCAAACCGGCCAACAUUCUGUGGGUCCAGGAGACUUCAUGCAUGAAACUAGCGGAUUUUGGAAUGUCUGAGAUGAUGGGGAUUGAAGCUGCCUCGAUAAGGUUCGAUGGAUAUGUUAGUGCUCCCUAUAGACCACCUGAGCUGUGGAACACAUCUUCCGGAGACAUUUGCAAGCAUCUGCGCCCAUGCGUCGACAUUUGGUCAUUUGGCUGCGUGCUUUUUGAGUGUGCUACAGCAUCCCCUCUUAUGGCACCUCUUCCUCCAGCUCGCAGCUGCAAUCAUAGUGUGAAUGCAUGGUGCCGCUCAUGGGACGGCUUGCGCCAAGCACGGAUGAUGACAGAGCCAGCUGCUCGAAGAUUGCAGGCUCGUAUGUUGAGGUGGGUCUUCAAAGGUAGCAGCUGCAGCGGCGGCGACAAACUUAUGCGUGGAAGGGCAAGAACCGAAAAGAGCGUCUUCUACACGUUGCUGUGGACGACGGCUGUGGUAGCAGCUGCUAUCAGCGGAGACAGUUCCAUCGUUGAAAUGCUUCUAGCAGCCAAUGCUGAUGUGGAUGCUCGCAAUGCGAACGGUGUGAGUGCCAUAGUUGCUGCUUCUCACUUGGGGCACUACGAGGUGGUGGAAAAGUUGAUUCAGGCUAGAUGUGAUGUCGACUCUGUCAACAAGGCAGGUGCUACCGCGCUUGUAGCUGCCGCUGAAGGAGGGCAACUUGCGGUGGUGGAACUGUUGCUUGAGGUUGGCGCUAUGCAGUCCACGCCACUUUUUGCAGCUGUGCAGGAGGGGCAUGAAACCAUUGUAUCUUUGCUGCUGAAAAACAACGCAGAGCCAAAUCACGUGGCAGCAAAUGGUGCCAGUGCACUUGCAGUUGCAGCCCAGUUGGGAUUUGCCAACGUUGCAUCAUCUCUUCUGCAAUCAAAUGCUAUGGUGGACUACCAGAAUGAGCAGGUCAUGAAUGCCUCUGCUUUGGUGCAAUCCUCCCAACAGGGUCAUGUGGACAUGGUGGAAGUGCUGCUUGCGGCAAAGGCUUCAGUGGAUUUACCAUGCAGUGAUGGUGCAACGGCUCUCAUCCUGGCCUCUCAGGUGGGCCACCAGGCAGUCGUGUCCAAGCUGCUAGCUGCAAGGGCAGACCCCAACAGGGGCCGCAACGAUGGUGGGACGGCGCUCAUGUUUGCUGCACAAGAAGGCCAUUUGAAAGUGGCGAAGCAGCUGCUGACUGCUGGUGCCGAUGCUAUGGCUUGCGCAGCAUCCGGAGCCACUGCCGUGUCCCUGGCAGCGAGAAAUCAAGACAAGGCCAUGCUACGUUACCAGGUCACAGCACGGAUGGCUGAUACGCGGAAACAGCUUCAACAGCAGGAGAUGUCUGCGCAAGAGCUGCAUGCUCUUGACCUAGAAAGAGCUGACGUUGCAAGGCUUCACGAGCAGAUAUGCCUCGAAAAUCGAGAAAAAGAGGUCACCAUCACUCGACUCAACAACGAUAAGGACUUGGCGAGACGAGUGGCAGGUGAGCUUGCGGCAGAACUGCGCAGGGUUCAGGGCUUGCAGGACACUUGGCAUGACCGAGCUGAACAAUAUCAGCUGGACAUUCUGGUGAUGCAGGAACAGAUUUCUGAUAUCAACCAGAGGGUCUCUUCCUGUGAAGAAUCGCAGCAGAAGGCCCUGGAGGAAGAUGCAAAACUCAAGGGCGAUGUGGCAGCUGCCUUUAAUGCAGCACAAGGUGCAGACCGAAGCGAGGCAGUUGAAGCCCAUGCAGUGGCGUCACUACGGCUGAGGCGGCAUCAAAUUCAGUCCGCUCUGCAGCAGACCAAAGUGGAGAUCGCUUCUCAGAAGCGUUCUGCUGAACAGAACUGGUCCCAGGUGAGCCGACUGCAGGAACUUUUGGACCUGGGUCAGGUGAAGCUGAAUCGCUGCACAGCAGAACUCCAGGCCCAGAAAGCAUACAAAAGAUAUUGA